AUGGCGAACCAAUAUAUCCUCUACGACAUCCCCUCCGGCAAGGCACCAUCUGUGACAUGGACCCCCAACCCAUGGAAAACUCGGCUCCUUUUCAAUUUCAAAGGCAUUGAUUAUCGAACGCAAUGGGUUGAGUACCCGGACAUCAAGUCUACAUUGGAACCCCAUGUCGCACCCAACCCUGGAGACACCGCAUACUCCAUCCCUGCCAUUACCUGCCCUGAUGGGAUAUACAUGAUGGAUUCGCGCAAGAUUGCGAACUACAUUGAGCAACAAGUCCCGCUUCCUUCGCUUCACUUGGACUCGGUCUAUCUCGAGAAAAUCGAGCGUAUAUGGCCUCAGUAUAUGAAAGCCUUUGUGCCGAUAUUUAUUCCUCUGGUUCCGAAGCGGAUCCUGAAUCCGGAAAGCGUGGAUUACUGGCAUAAAACUCGUGAAGCAAUGGUUGGGAUGUCACUUGAUCAAUUGGAGAGGGAGAAGGGUGGUGUUCAAGCUUGGAACGAGGUGGAGCCUGUGCUUCGUGAAGUGACUGCCUUGCUGAAGGAUAAUGAAGGGCCUUUCUUCAUGGGAAAGACUGUUAGUUAUGCUGACAUUGUGUGGGUUAGUAUCCUUCUCUUUAACCAGAAGUUGGGGUCGGAUGUCUUCCAGGAAGCAAUGGAAAGGUCUGGGGAUGCUCAGGUGCAUCUGGACCUAAUCAAGGCUAUUGAGCCUUGGUUUGAGUGA